AUCGUACCGACCAUAACGCUCUGUAUACGAAACGGGGAAGAGCCGCGGGACCAUUUAAACUCCUUUAUAUUAGGACGCAAGACUUGCGCUCGUGUCCUCAGAUCUCCUCUUGCCUCUCUCUCUCUCCCUCUCUACGAACGGAGAACUAUCUCUGGAGGAGCUUCGUUUCUCGAUCUUCACAGCUCGAAGAUAGUGUAUUGAAAUGGGAACUGUAACUGAUGCUGCGAGCAAGGAAGCAAAUGGAAGCUUGUCAACUGACAAGAAAGUUUCAGUUGUCUUUGUUUUGGGUGGUCCUGGCAGUGGAAAAGGCACCCAAUGUGCAAACAUUGUUCAGCAUUUUGGAUUCACCCAUCUCAGUGCUGGUGAUCUUCUCCGAGCAGAAAUUAAAUCUGGCUCUGAAAAUGGAACCAUGAUUCAGAACAUGAUUAAGGAGGGGAAGAUUGUUCCUUCAGAGGUGACAAUUAAGCUUCUACAACGAGCUAUACAGGAAAGCGGGAAUGACAAAUUUCUUAUUGAUGGAUUUCCUCGUAAUGAAGAAAAUCGUGCAGCUUUUGAGGCUGUUACUAAAAUUGUGCCAGAGUUUGUCUUGUUUUUUGACUGCUCUGAAGAGGAGAUGGAGAGGCGCCUUUUGAAUAGAAACCAGGGAAGAGAUGAUGAUAACAUUGAAACAAUAAGGAAGCGAUUUAAGGUUUUUAUGGAAUCUAGUCUUCCCGUGAUUGAAUAUUAUAAUGCUAAAGGAAAAGUUCGAAAGAUUGAUGCUGGGAAGCCUGUUGAAGAGGUUUUUGAGGCAGUAAAAACCGUCUUCACUUCAACAACUGAGAAGGCUGCUGCCUAGGUGUAGCUUGGAUCUCAGACAUAUAUUAUUAAGGUGCUGAUGUGGUCAGCUGCGUAUUAUUGUUCUUCAGUGAGCGGUGGUUUUUGACAUAGCACACUUCGUUACUUCUAUGAUAGAAUGAAUAUAGGUUAUGUGAUGAGGAGGUUUAAGCCUCUAUGCUUUUACUAUUACAACACAACAGGAUGUAAUAACAAUAUGAACAACUAUGUUUAGAAAAUAAUGCUAUUUUUUAUUGUUAUUUA